AUGGAAGACUUCCGCGUCCGCCGCGCACAACAGGGGCAAUGGUUGCAGUACCUCAUUGCGCAGAUAGAUGUCAAUGAAUUGGACUGGUUCAGACUGGCCCAGGAUCGUGACGCUUGGAAACAAGCCGUGCUCAAUGCGUACCCAGACACCCGCUGUGAUCAAUCAUACGAGAAGUCUAAUAGCCUCAAAGCCCACUAUGAAGAUGAGCAUGCCGUGGCCGUCCCACAUCUUAUCACAGCCCAAGUGACCCGUGAGUUUAAGAACCUCUGCAAAGACGGCGCAGCGGCUGUCCUGAAGGCGGCCUAUCCUCGCGGCCUGUGUGAUGCCAUCGCCAACAUUGUUGCAGAUCGGUUGUUCAGCUUUGGCGUGGUCCCUGUGUCCCACACCUUUGAUGGCCCCGACUUGUCCAUGAAUUCCCAGGUCCGGGCUGCCGCUGGCCAUCCCCUGAAGGCCAGCAAGCUUCCACUGUGGGCCCCUGAGUACAAAUCUGUGUUCACCAUUGACGUCGCGGCCGGCACUCCGGAGCCCCCAUCUCGUCACCUCAUUGAUGACAAGCUGGCUGAUGCUAUCACUGCAUCCUCUGGCGAGAGCAUCCCGGACCACACCAUCUUCCUGGCGUCCACUCCGCUUGUUUGUGGGGAAUCUGGAAGCAAGAGUGGCAAGAGUGAUCGUGGAAAUGAGGAGGCGGAUGAGAUCGACAGAAUCAAUUCGCACCCACCUGCCUUCAAUCGCUGGAAGUUGGCAGUGAAGUGGCAACCUGAUGAGUUUGUCAAGGAAGCCUGCAAACUUGGUCACCCCUUUGGAUCAAAAGCCCUGUUGCCCAGUGAAAUUCGCAAUGUGAUCGAUGAACACUUCAACAGGGAUUGGCAGGACAUUGUUGAAGGCAGGAUUGAUUGGUGUCGCAAGUGGACCAAAGACCUUUUGGAUCUCCAAAAGGAGGAGCGUGGACUGCACGCCUCCUGCCAUCCCGAUGUCGGAGACAUAAUACAGGGAAAGCGCUUACUGCUGUGGCAGCGCAUGCUUCUGGACGUUGGGUAUGUUGACUCUGACCUCCCGUUGCAGUUCCUCAAAGGCUUCAACGUUGUUGGUGAGGCUAGGUCUACUUUGCAGAACAUCAAGUCCUCGGGCGACUCGGUGAUCGAUGCAGGAGUCUGGGACAAAACGGUUGAGGAGACCAAGAAGGGUUGGCUUGGAACUGACGAUCACGGCGAUCCUAAGGUCAGGCCGAUCGACGAUUUCACAGCUUCAUUAGUGAACAAAGCCAUCACCACCAAUGAGAAGGCUCAGGUGCACACAUUGGACGUGAUGUCAGCGGCUCUGUCCACAUGGAUGAAGCUUUCAUCACAGACGCAGGGCGGUUGUUGCAGCCUGGCUGAAGUGCCUGCCUUUCGGAGCUACCGCCUCCGUGUACCACUUCCUCAGAUGCUCAGCGGCAUUGUGGUACAUUGCCUGUGUUGGAGGGCGGGUGUCGGGGGAAUUUUGUCCAAUGAGAAUGCAGAACUCUUGUCAUGGUUUUCCUGGCAGCUGCCCCCUUCGACAUUGGUCAACUUCAUCGAAGUUGGUGCAAAGACCCUGAUCUUUGAACUUGAGUUUCUCGCGGUCUUGCUGGCGAUUGAAUGCUGGCGCAGCCACCUUCAUGAGAGACCGGUCGUUUUCUUCGUGGACAACAAUGGUGUCCGGGAUUCAUUGUUGAGUGCUCGCACCAAGAGUGAACAGGGUCAGAUCGUCCUGGAAGCGAUUCUUCGCCUGGAGGAAAGCAUGAGCUUGAUGGCGUGGUUCGCACGAGUGCCAACGUGUGCCAACCCGGCGGAUGCGCCCUCCCGUGGUGAAGUGGACCACCUUGAUGGAGCCGUCCGAUUGCCGGACGACGUUGUGUGUGACUGCACCAGUCGUUUGAUGACGGCCAUGCUCGAAUGA